AAAAGAAAAAAUCAUGACGCGAGAGUCAAACGCCGAUGAGGAACAUUACCCUCAUUCAGUUGACUUUACAAAUAGACCCCCGCCCCCAGAGGGAGGAUACAGCUGGGAGCAAAUCAAGCGUGCCAUGGAUACCAAUUCAUUAAGCGAUCUCAGAAGGACAGACAAAGGACAGUACGAGUAUGAGCAGUGGCAGGGACUGAUUGAUCGCACGAAAUAUAAGAAUGUAGGCGAAUACAUCGCCUUCACCAUCCUCAAAUGGCCCGAUCUGCAAGACCCAGCUGAAGCAUUGAACGUACCCAACGUAGAAGAUCAUUGGACUAUAGAAGAUAGGUAUAAAGCAAUUGAACCGCGACUGACUCUUCGUAUUAAUCAUUACCCUUUCCCAGUUCAAGAGUCAAUCCAAUACUUUGUCCUGUGGGCUACCCGAGAUAUGAGCUUGCCGUCAGAGAGACAGCGUUUGGACAAGUUUCUAGAGGAGCAAUUAGAUAGCUGGUACCAUGACCCAUCUACAUCCACAGAAACGGAGCCAAAAGAACCAAGACGUGGCCUCGCGCCAGAGCUAUUGCCCCCUGCUCCUGGCAAACGGAAGCAGUGGAUGUGGUUUGUCAACCCUAUAGAGUUGCGAAGCGUAGCAACUGUACAUCAUCUUCAUGUUUUCGUGCGCGAUAUCGACAUCUAAAUUGGUGGAUUUUUCUCUAGACAAUGCAUAAAGCAUUUAUGAGCUCGCUUUUAAUUUGUUUUUCCUUUUUCUUGGAACAUUUGUCCGUGAACAUCGACUAUCAUUAUUUUAUACUUUCAUUAAAUCGCUCUGAAAGGUUG